UCUGGAUUUUCCUGAUGGCCAGGCCAUGGCUGUCCGAACUGUGACUCCAAGUCUCAGGCCUAUGAAUGAAGCGGAGUAUGCGAAGUACAUGCCAGAGCUUCGCUUGAGCAUAGGUGGCAAGGCAAAACCCAUUGUUAAGCCUUUCUGGGACGCUGCUCGCUUCAUUCCACGGGCCUUUGGGCCUUUCGUAAACAUGGAGCACAUUCUCCGCCUUGGUCUCAUCAUCUCCAACAACCCAGAUAUCGACUUAGACGACAACGGCCCGCCUAUAUGUGACGCAGAGUUACAGCAAAUCGAGAAAUGUGAACUGCGAGAUGCAUUCACUACAUACAACAAGCUGCUUACCCUCUGUCCGACUCUCAAGCAACUCUUGCCCCAUGCUCAAAUGAAUGCGGAGGACUUCAAAUCAGUUGGCGAGUUUUUGGACCAGGCGAACCGUAAUGCGCGCACAGAUGACAUAUCUCGUCUCCGAGAUAAUGUCAUGAAAUACAUUUAUGAAGUGAAGGGGAUACAGAUCCCCGACAGCGGACUCGACAAAGUCAAACGUGGCUGGAACUGUGAAGCCACUGCACGGAUGCUCUGUCCGCGCAACCUGCGAGACGAAUUUGACGCUGACCCCAAGAAGUUUUGCCAAGAAGUUCGGAAUGAUCGGCGUCUGGUGGAUCAUGAUGAGUGGCCAACACUCGCGUACAGCGAGACUGAGUAUGACCCGGACAAUCUUGACUGGGGAUUGCUCAAGUCACCGUUUUUGGUGAAGUGCUGGAAGGCCACCUUCAAGGGACCGAGCAGUGUGAACGCCGAGGCAGGGCCCACCAGCGGAAGGAAAGGCGGCCGGAAAACACUCUCAAAGGCAUAUGGGAUCACAACGGUCAACGAGUACAGUAUAAUGUAUGUUACAAUCCUCGCACGCUUCUCCCUCUCCGGAGUCGCGUCGUGGGUUACCAACGAUCACGACGGCCCAUACACCGGGUCUGAGUUCUUCAAGAAUCUUCUCUUCCUCUUCGAAGACGAGGAAUGGCGCAAGGACACCCUUGCAUGGUGGAACACCUCUGCCUUAGCCAAGUCUUCGGCAUCAAAGCCCCUGGAAGCAGCUCAGACACAACUACCCGCGCCGGACCUUCUUCCCUUGCGCGUCUCAAGGAGCAACGCGCAGCGCGCGGCCGCCAACUUGGAGUCCAGCGUCGGAACUCAAACGUAG